UCUUAUAUUGCUUCGUCAAAUCAUUAUUAUAUACUAGGCUCUGGCUAGUGAAAUGGCGUUAGCAGCAGCAAGUUUGCUGCCCAUUUUGAGCACACUCACCAAUUAUGAAUACUACACCUCAGCUGGCAUAAAUAGUGGUCUUACUGCAGACAAGCCAAAUUUUUAUCUGAAUGACAAGGAAAUCUUCAUCUACAGUGGUGCAGUCCAUUACUUCAGAGUGCCAAGGCAGUACUGGAGAGACAGAUUGAGGAAAUUGAGAGCUGCAGGAUUGAAUACUGUGGAAACGUAUAUUCCCUGGAAUCUCCACGAACCGAAAUCGGGUGUAUAUGACUUUGGCGACGGGGGAAAUGACAUGUCAGACUUCUUGCACCUCGAAGAAUUCCUUCAGAUUGCCAAAGAAGAGGACUUGUUCGCCAUUAUUCGUUCUGGACCAUUCAUCUGUGCCGAAUUCGAAUUCGGAGGGUUUCCCAGUUGGUUAUUGAGAAAAGAGAACAUAGAGUUCAGAACCAGCAAUUCGACAUACAUGAACUACGUAACUGGAUGGUUUCGUGUUCUUAUGCCAAUUCUUGCCAGAUUUCAAUUCACGAAUGGAGGUCCAGUGAUUAUGUUCCAAGUUGAGAAUGAGUACGCUGUGUCAGGAAAACAUGAUUUGUCUUACAUGAAAAUGUUAAGGGACAUAAUGAUCGAUAAUGGAAUUCAAGAACUACUAGUUACUGCUGACAAUCCAAUUAGAAAAACAUAUGGCACACUACCGGAUUUAUUUCUGAUGACAGGAAACUUCGAUGAAGACCCCAAAGCUCAGUUGGAUAUGUUGAAAGAAAUCCAACCCAACAGACCAACAAUGACGAUGGAAUUCUGGUCUGGUUGGUUCGAUUUUUGGGGCGGAAUUCAUAAUAACAAGACUGUGGAUGUGUUUAAAUAUAAUUACGAACAAAUUUUGAAGUAUCCUGCGUCUGUAAAUAUUUACAUGUUCCAUGGAGGUACCAAUUUUGGAUUUUUGAAUGGUGCAGGAAACUUGAACUACGAUGAUGAAAAUUCAGAUUACCACUCGAUUGUAUCAAGUUACGAAUACAUUUCGCCUUUAGAUGAAACUGGCGACUACACUGAUAAAUACUGGGCAACAAAAGAUCUUUUGGAAAAAUACAACCCCAUCAAAACGCAACUUCCUGAGGUUCCACCAUCACCUCUAAAAACUGCCUAUGCAAGUGUGAAAUUAGAACAAGAAAUGUUCCUCUUCGAUAUGUUGAAGUCCAUCACCCCAGUUUAUUCUGCGAACGUGAUACCAAUGGAAAAACUGGAUAUCAAUGAUGGAAACGGCCAAAGCUUUGGAUACAUAGUUUACCAGAAAACUGGUCUCACUAUACCAGCUAAUGCAGUUCUACAAAUAGAAGGAAGAGUCUGCGAUAAUUUCAUGGUACUCGUUAAUGGAAUACUGGUGUCUCCUUGGCUAGAAAGAUCGAAAGAUUUGCACAAAGUUGGAACGUCCAUGGUUAAGAACUCUGAAAUAAUUCUCUCUGACAAGAACCUCACCGAAGCUACUCUGGAAAUCGUCGUAGAGAAUUGGGGAAGAGUGAACGUUGGAGCGUACAAACAAUUGAAAGGUUUAUGGCAAGGGGGAGUUAAACUCGAUGGGGAAUAUCUAUACGACUGGACUAUCUACCCACUUGAGUUCAAAUCAGCAUGGACCAAUGGUUUGAGCAAUUGGAAAAACGCACUGUCGGACUCCAUUGGGCCGGCUCUUUAUAAAGGAACUCUGACUAUCAAUGAAAGCCCUCAAGAUACUUUUGUUUACAUGAAGAACUGGACCAAAGGAAUCGUGAUAGUCAACGGCUUUGUUCUUGGUCGAUACGCCAGAAUGGGCCCCAUUCAAACUUUAUACCUUCCGGCACCUCUGUUGGUUGAAGGAAAUAACACAAUAAUUGUUUUCGAACAUUUUAAACCAGCUAGUACUGUUAAUUUCACGAGGAAUCAUAUUUAUGAAUCUUUCUAAGUAUAAUAAAAGUAUAUAAAAGUUCAUGAAAUACAGCUUAAUGGUUGUCCUGAAACUAUUUUACUCACUCAUUUUAUUCU